CCAGGGUUGGGAACCACUGCUUUAAAGAAUGUAGAAUGGGGGGAAUGUAGACUUGAAGUAGGCUAGUAAAAGUCUGUCAGUGUGCAUUGCUAUUCUUGUUGGUGUGUAUGGUUUAUGAACUGUCGCUUAGAACAUUUAGUAUUAGUAUUUAAUUUUGAAACCGGGCCUGGAAAUACUAAUUCCCUCCGUUCUAAAGAUUCAUUACAAUAGGCCUAUAUCAAAACACAAUUCGCAUUAAACACUCAAGCAAAGGUCUUCAGCAUUCGAAUGAGAGAAAAUCGCUUCUGUUAAAAAAAAAAGCCUUCGCUCGGGUAGGGUACAAUAUUACCUUAAUUAAGUGCUCAGGUGUGUUGGCUGAUGAGCACCAAUCACAGACAGUCAGGUGCUGAUGGAAAAAAGAGGCAGGUUGACGUCGCACUUUUAUCGCUUUUGCCUACUACAGUGAAACAGCACGCACACUGUGGUGGUGGGUGACAACGUGGUUUCCUUUUGUCAAGACGAGAAGUUUGGACUGAGAAUGUUAAUAGACGCUCACACGGCUCACAGCUGAACUUGACAUCAAUGGGAAUAUGAUUGAAGAAACUGAAUUCAGUGGAAGAUGAAUGUUUAAAACAAGUACAUUCUGUAGCGUCAAUCCCCACCAUUUCCUGUAAAGACCAACGUCCUUAUUUGCUUCUCAAGAGUACGCUGCUUUUAACCGUUGUAAAAUGAAAAGGAAGUAUAUGAAAUUGCUAAUCGUUGCACUAGCUAGCAGCUUUUGCAUUGUCAUCAUCUUUUCCAAGCUAAAGGUUGUGGAACACAGCCAAAAAGACUUGGCUAAGAUCCCUUCAGUUCCAGCUUCCACGCCAAGAAAACCCACAACUGUAGUGAUAAGCACUGUCAAAAAGAAAAGCAAAAGUGCCAUGCUGUAUGAGCUUCCACCACUAACGAUUUCUGAGACUUUCAGAAAAGGCGUUCCCAAAAACGGUGCCUUCUGGAACCGGAAGCUUCAUUCUCUCCUCCGGCAGUUCGACUCCAUCGACAAUCAAACGCACAAAGACCCACGUGAUAAGUUUCACUGUCAGCCUGAGAGUUUUGAGUUGCUACAAACCAACAUUCAGGAUAUUCAGUCAUACCCUCCACUUUACGGAGACUUCCUUAGAGGCAUGGAGUGUCGAGACCCACCACUUCUUAUCGAUCAGCCUGACAAGUGUGCAUCAGAGAGCGGACCGGAUCAAAUUUUCCUACUUUUUGCAAUCAAAUCCAUUCCAAAGCACUUCGAGAGGCGCCAAGCAGUCCGAGAGACCUGGGGAAGUGAAGGCUUGUAUGAAAACGGACUUCAGGUACAAACUGUCUUUCUGCUGGGCCGAUCAUCAGCGGAUGAUCCCAAUCUCGACAAACUGGUUUCAUUUGAAGCUCAGCAGUUUCAAGAUCUCCUCAUCUGGGAUUUUCAUGACUCCUUUUACAACCUGACUCUCAAGGAGCAUGUGUUCUUCAAGUGGAUGCUUGAUAACUGUCCUCACGUAUCUUUCGUUUUUAAGGGUGACGAUGAUGUUUUUGCUAACACUCAAGCGAUACUGAAUCAUCUGCAGUCUCUGGAGCCAGAGCAGGCCACGGCGUUGUACACCGGGCAGAUCAUUUCUGAUGCCAGCCCGUUACGGGACCCUAAAAUUAAAUAUUAUGUUCCUCAGUCGUUCUAUGAAGGUCCUUACCCUCCUUAUGCUGGUGGCGGUGGAUUCCUUUUUUCUGGGAACCUUCUUCCGUCUCUUUACCACGUUUCCUUUUACAUACCUUUUUUCCCAAUUGAUGAUGUCUACAAUGGGAUGUGCUUCAAGGCACUUGGAAUCACUGCAACGAAACACGACGGUUUCAAGACCUUUGAUAUUCGGGAACAAGACCGGGAGAACCCCUGUGUACACAAAGACCUGCUCCUGGUGCACCAGCGUGACCCUCAGCAGACCAUGAGACUGUGGAGAAAUAUGCACAGUGCCAUGCUGACCUGCUGAUGUUUGUAAACUAUUAAACCCCAUUGAGUUCAGCUGUAGUGCUUGAUAAAACCCAUGUUGGAAAAGAAUAACCUGGUGAAACUUUUUGGAGGGUAACAUGGGGAAAAUGCUGAGCAUUAAAGGUACCGCUUAAGAGACUCUGGAUGAAGACUCUUUUUGUUUUUUUUUCUUUGAAUAUUAUACUUGAAAGAAAAGUGGUGUCCAACACCAUCUUAUGUUUCUGUGCAACUGAGCAAGGUUAGCUUUUAUAGGUAAUUAAUUUAAUCAUUUACUCAUGUCAUUCCAAACUCGUACAGAACAAGCUUUGCUUUGUUCUGCGGAACACACAUUUUUGAGGAAUGUUUCCAUAAAAUACAUGGUGUAUAGUGAAGUGGCAUGAUGUAUGCUGAAUGGAUCACAAUUUUAAAAUGCACUUUUAUUCAAAUCAAAACCAGGAAAGACAUGCAUGGAAACACCAACCGUAGAAUUUUAAAGGGACCUUUCACCCAGAAAGUCAAAGUCGUGUACUCUACUCGGUGGAAGUCAAUGGCUACCGUUAUUCAAAAUACCCUCUUUUGUGGUUCACAGAAGGAAGUCUUACAGGUUUAGAAUGACAUGAGGGCAUUUUGAUUCAGUCUCAUACUGGCUACAUUCACACUGCAAAAAUGUGGCCCAAUGUAGAAUUUGUUAUUUUUUAAUGGUGCUCAUGUGACCCACGUCAUUUUAUUUCAUGGUAGCGUGAACCGCACAAACCACAUGAAAUCUGAUCUUUUUGCUUCUGUUUUGGGCCACUUUCAUGUGUGGUCCUAAAUCGAUUCAGGUCAGAUGUUUUGCAAUGCGACCGUAUCGGAAUUCAUGUGACUUACGUCAUUCGUUCACUCUGGAGUCUGAUAUUGGCCACAUUUAAAACAUGAUAAUGUGCACAGCCAUAUAAAAAUCAGAUCUGACCAAAAAAUCGGAAUUGAGCACUGGUUUUUGCAGUGUGAUUGUAACCUUAGGAUAUGCAAUACUACUGAAGCUGAUGGAUUGAUUCACACUACCUCUGUACAGUAUGUCCUAUUUUGGACCUAUUCUAGAAUUAAAACCUGUUGAC